CCGCGAACGAGCGCGCGGCCAUUUAGAAAGGAAUAAAAUGGCCGAGACUGACUUCGAGAGUGCCGUGUCGCCGCCACUGAGGCCGCAGAGCUUUCUGUUCGGAUGUGAGCUCAAGGCUGGCCACAAAGAAUAUAAGAUGACUGUGGAAGAUGAUGAUUCUGAGCAUCAGCUUUCUUUGAGGACGGUUUGUCUUGGUGUUGGAGCAAGCGAUGACCUGCAUCUGGUUGAGGCAGAAGGCUUAACCUCUGAAGGCAAAAACACAAAAGUGACUUUGGCAGCUCUGAAAUUGUCAGUACAGCCUACAGUUAGUUUGGGAGGAUUUGAAAUCACGCCACCUGUGACCUUUAGGCUGAAAUCUGGAGCGGGUCCUGUGUACAUCAGUGGCCAGCACCUCAUUGCAUUGGAUGAUGAAGAUUUGGAAUCAGACGAUGAUUUAGAAUCUGAUGAUGAGGAUGACAGCAUGUUGAAGAACACAGUAAAGCAGGCAGUUAAACGACCAGCAACUGGUGUAGACAAAAUAAUGCAGGGGAAGAAAAUGAAAGUGGAAGAUGAUGAUGAUGAAGAGGAAGAUGAUGACGAGGACGAUGAAGAAGAUGAUGAAGAAGAAGCGAUGACCCCAGCAAAAAAGCCUCUUGAGAAAACUCCAGUCAAGAUUACCCUUGAAUCAAAGGGAACUCCCAAGCAAAAUGGCAAAACACCCACCAAAGCUACACCAGCUAACAAGCAGCCCAAGACUCCAGAAUCCAGCAGUAAACCCAAAACACCCAAGACCCCAAAGGUCCCACUGACCAUGGAAGACAUCAAGGCCAAGUUGAAGACAUCUUUGGAAAAAGGUGUUGGUCUGCCCAAAGUGGAGUCCAAAUUCGUAAACUUUGUGAAAAAUGGCUUCAAGGUGGACGACCCAAAGAUCAUUAAAGAUCUCUGGGUAUGGCGACAGGCAAUGGAUGGGAAGUAGAAAAAUGUUUUUAUGUGCAAAAAUGUUUACAUGCGUCAGUCAUUGUAAAUAAACCAAUGUGUUUUAUAA